CACGCUUUCCUUCUCUUUCUCUCACACAGACACCAGAAAGAGAGAGAGAGAGAGAGAACUAAGUCCCCUUCCAUGUCAUCCUCCGUUAUGUCUAGCCCUCGGCUUCGUUCGGUGAUUGCUUCCCUGGCCAUACUAUACCUGAGCAUUGCAGAGCCGCCACCUCGAGCGGAGGCAGCUCGAGCUUUCUUCGUGUUCGGGGACUCUCUCGUCGACAACGGCAACAACAACUACCUGGCCACCACCGCCCGCGCUGACUCCCCGCCGUACGGGAUCGAUUACCCGACCCACCGGCCAACCGGCCGCUUCUCCAACGGCCUCAACUUACCGGACAUCAUCAGUGAGCAGAUGGGUUCAGAGGCAACGCUGCCGUACUUGAGCCCGGAGCUCACCGGAGAGAAGCUACUUGUCGGCGCCAACUUCGCGUCCGCCGGGAUCGGGAUCCUCAAUGACACGGGCGUCCAGUUUUUCACCAUCAUAAGGAUGUUCCAGCAGUUCGCGAAUUUCCAACAGUACCAAGUGAGGCUGAGCGCGCUGAUCGGAGCCGAGCAGGCGCAGCAGCGGGUGAACCAGGCGCUGGUGCUGAUGACCCUCGGCGGCAACGACUUCGUCAACAACUACUUCCUCACCCCCUUCUCCCCGAGGCGGCGCCAGUUCUCCAUCCAAGCCUUCUCCGACUACCUCAUCUCCGAGUUCAGAAAUAUCCUCCGGAGACUGUACGACUUGGGAGCCCGCCGAGUGCUGGUCACGGGGACCGGGCCGUUGGGCUGUGUUCCAGCCCAGUUAGCUUCGCAAGGAAGCCGGAAUGGCGAGUGCGUGCCGGAGCCCCAGCGAGCCGCCGCCAUAUUCAACCCGGCGCUCGGCCGGAUGCUCCAAGGACUGAACCAGGAGCUCGGAUCUGACGUCUUUGUCAUGGCCAACGCUUUCCAGAUGAACAUGGACUUCAUCAACAACCCUCAACAAUUUGGUUUCGUUACGUCGAAAGUGGCGUGCUGCGGACAAGGGCCUUACAACGGGCUGGGAAUAUGUAACGUCCUCUCGAACCUGUGCCCCAACCGGAACAUCUACGCAUUCUGGGACCCAUUCCACCCGACCGAGCGCGCGAACCGGAUCAUCGUCCGACAGAUCAUGACCGGCUCGACCGAUUACAUGAACCCCAUGAACCUGAGCACCAUUAUGGCCUUGGACUCCAAGAUCUGAUUAAGUGAAGUCUCUCAUCUAGUGAUAAUUACUUAGUUCGGAGCAAUCAGACGACUCUCAAGUGUUUCAUUCGAGUGUUUACCCAUCAAAUGUCAAGGUUAACGUUGUUUGUUGUGGUCCCGCUUUUAUGUUGUCCUAAAUUUGCCUCUCUUUCUAAUGA